GGCAAAUCGUCCCGUAUCUUGCAGCCAGGUCAGGUUCAGAUUGUCGAAUUUCAGUUUCAUCGACAUUCCGACUCCUUAUUGCUAUAAGCCUUUCUUUAGUCUCUUUCACCAAGUCAAGAUUAGAUUACAACGCCUAGAGCGGGCACUUCAGAGCAACCACCGAGCCAUGCGGCCUGCCCUCGCUCUUCGGCCAUCUGCUGUCUCGCGUUAUGUGCCGUGUCCGCGCCGCGUCUGCCACAGAUGUUUAUCUCAACAGCCUAACCGCUCCAUCGCCGAACUGUUACGCUGGAAGCCAGCUCAAAGGGUUGACCAUGUCGUCGUCAAUGGCUUUGUUCGAUCCGUACGGUCUAUGAAGGCCCACAACUUCGUCUCUCUAGGCGACGGAUCUUCGAUCUCUCCUCUGCAGGCCCUCGUACAAACCGACCAAGCUGACGGUCUUACUGUUGGUGCGGCCGUCCGUCUCACCGGCUCAUGGGUGUCUUCGCCAGGGGCCUCGCAGAGCCAUGAGCUGCAUGUAAGCAAGGUUGAGGUUUUGGGCCCAUCAGAUGCUAAGACGUUCCCCAUCCAAAAGAAGUAUCAGACACCUGAGUAUCUUCGCACAAUGCCGCACUUGCGGCCGAGAACUCCAUUCAAUGCCGUCUUGUUGAGACUGCGUUCCGAGGUCAUUUCAUCUUUGACCCAAUUCUUCGCAGCCCGCUCCUUCACUCAGACGCACCCGCCCAUCAUCACGUCGUCCGAUUGCGAAGGGGCAGGCGAGGUAUUCACCGUGACACCGGCCAGCGAUGUAGCUGGUCCCGCAGAUAAAGACUGUGCCCAAGACUCAUUCUUUCGCUCUAGGAAGUAUCUUACCGUCUCCACCCAGCUUCACCUGGAGGCGCUGGCCCAAGCUGUGGGUAACGUCUGGGCUCUCUCGCCCGUGUUCCGCGCCGAGAAGAGCGAUACCUCGAGGCAUCUUAGCGAGUUCUACAUGCUUGAAGCUGAGAUGAGCUUUGUUGACGAGCUGGGCCCGGUAAUGGGCUUGGCGGAAGAUAUGCUGCGGUCCUUGGCCACUAACCUUUCCGGGUCGUCAACCUUCCAAGAUCUUCUCUCCCGGUCACGUCAAAGUGGCUCUGACCUAUUACCCGCAGAUGAGGUAGCUCGUCGCUGGGAGGGCUUGAUGCGUCACGACUGGCCGCGCAUCACAUACUCGGACGCUAUCGCCUUGUUACAGCAGAAAUCCAAGCUUUUCGAGCAUAAGCCGGUAUGGGGUGCAGGACUCCAAUCCGAGCAUGAAAAGUACCUCGCCCAGCAUGUUGGCGGAGGUGAGAAGCCCGUCUUUGUCACUCACUAUCCACGGGACAUCAAGGCUUUCUACAUGCGUGCCAGCCAGACGGCAAGCCCCGGCGGUGCAGGGACAUCCAAUCCAACUGUCGAUUGCUUUGACUUGCUAGUGCCAGAGUUUUGUGAGAUAGCGGGGGGUUCGAUGCGCGAACAUCGUUUGGAGAAUCUUCUGGACGCAAUGAAGCAGCAGGGUAUUCUCGCGUCGUCCUCGGACGGGAGCGGUCUUGACUGGUAUACCGACCUUCGCCGGUGGGGUUGCCCGCCGCACGGAGGCUUUGGCCUGGGCUUUGACCGAUUGCUCAGCUACUUAUCUGGCGUUCAAACCAUCCGAGACGUAGUCUCGUUCCCACGCUGGCUUGGGCGGUGCGACUGCUGAGGAACCAACCAGCCACAGGAUCAAUAUGUCCCAUGCCGGCAUUAGUAGCGCCCUCGUAUCGGGCGUUCUGCAUGCUCCUGGGAUCCGCCUUCAUCCGUUGACAGUCAGGGGCCGGUCGGAGACAAUGAAUGAGGGUGCUCUCGACUUCGAGGAUAGGCCCUACGGAUUUGGUGUUACGGCAAACUGCGCGGGUUUCAAACUAUCUGCAAGGGGCAAUGACCAUCUUACGGCCUUAUCCCUUAGGAGCCUUUGAAUCAACGUGAGCUUGCGGCCAGUCACGUCGACAAUUUGGAGGAUCGGAUGCCUGCAUCUAUGAAUAGGCGCGGUUGAUACAAGCUCCAAGUGACUUUGGAAUGAUACCCCAUCUCAGUUCAGCUCAAAUCCAUCGUUGUAGACUAGUGCAUCUGCAUUCAGAACAGGCAGGUAUCCGGCCGUCCGGUCAUC